AUGAUCAAAAAAUAUCGUCGGAUUUUUAUCGUUGUUGCAUUCUUGAUGACUAUGGGCUCCCUCUACAAUAUCAGGUGGUUAUCCGAAUUGAAGGAGCAACAGCAGAUUAAAGAUAACCAACGAAUUAUUUUUCUGAUGGAAAAUGGAGCUAGAAAAAACCAAGAGGAACAACAGUGCAGUCCAACAAAUAGCAUCGUUUUCGUGAAAACUCACAAAACAGCGUCUUCGACUCUUCAAAAUAUAUUCCUUCGAUACGGUCUCAAAGAAAAUCUCAAAAUCGCCCUCCCAAGAAAUAACGGAAACAGAUUUUUCUACCCACGAUCGUUUUCCAAAUCAAUGCUCAAAGAGUUUGCUGAUGGCGAAAAGCCGGUUAUUAUUGCUCAUCAUCUACGCGCGUCAGAGGAGCUUUACGAUACCUUUCCACGAGCGAGGAGAAUCACGAUUUUGAGGGACAUUCCGGCUCUAUACGAGAGCUCUUUUGAGUACAUGAAGGAUCUUGCUGUCCCCUACAAAAAAGCAGCAAAUAUCGAGACUUUCUACGCACAUCCCAAUGCCUUCUACAAUCGAACGAAUCCCCUUGGUCGAUUUGGAAACGAUGUCUUUGCCCGAAAUCAUCUCGCUUUUGACCUUGGUCUUGAAUGGACCAACUUGGGAAAGAUAGACGAAGGCAUUGAAUAUCUCGAAAAAACACUGGAUCUCGUUAUUUUGUCGGAUUAUUUCAAGGAAAGCAUGGUGUUGCUGCGGAAUGAACUCUGUUGGGAAUGGGAGGAUGUGCUCUUUUUCGUGACAAAUGAGAGGUCUGAGAAAAGGCCAAUCUCUGCAAACUUGGCACAAAGAAUGCGCGAUUGGAAUUCAUUCGACAAUGCAAUUUAUCAUCAUUUCAACACGACUUUUUGGAAUAAAAUCGAAGCAUAUAGAAAUUUUGACGACGACAUGAAAAUUCUAGAUGAAAAACUAGAGGAAAUCAAAAAGUUUUGUCUGGCUAGGGAAAAAGUCUGCCCGCCGGAUGAAAGCGGCUGCCAAUUCAAUCCUGGUGGAGGGAUAAAACUCAAGGCUUUCGAGUUGUCCGAAACCGGUAAAAAGAGCCUUCUUUGCCAGCAUAUGAUCAUGCCAGAACUGACGCUCCCAGAAAACUGGAAAACCAAUGAAUCUUGGGAAGUUGGGUUCAUCGAGGCGCCAAAAUGUCCAGAAAAAGAGCUGAUUAUCAUCGUCAACACCGCCCAUAAAAAUCGAGAAAACCGACUUCUUCUCCGCCGAUAUUUUGAAGAAUUAGAGAAAAAGCAAAUCAAUUUCGCGAAGUUCUUCCUCCUCGGUAAAGCAGAAACACCAGUCGAAAACGAGAACGACUGGAUCAUCGGCGAUUUUGAGGAUACUUACGACAAUCUUAUUCUUAAAACGAAAACUUCUUAUGAAUACUUUGAGCGAUUCUGCGGCUCGGCAAAGUUUUAUCUUUUGAUCGACGACGAUGUUGCUUUUUACCCGGAAAAAAUAAUUGAGAGACUCGAGAAAGAAGAAGCAAAAGAUACUAUUUUUGGCAAAAGAUGGAAUGAAGUAAAAGCGCACAACCAUCCUUGGCUGAAAGAAAAAGGAAUUUCGAUUUCGGAAGAGCAGUGGGCGAAGCAGUUCUGGCCGGACUACAUUGCUGGACCUUGUGCGUUUAUGACGGCAGAGAGUGCAAGAAGCAUGGCAAACGUUGCUCAACUGACGAAAAAAGCUCUGGCGAUCCCUAUUGAAGGAAAUUGUUGA